CCUCCGCUCCCGACAUAGAACUCCAUCGCUCACCAUUCUUGCUCGCCCGCUCGCCGUCUUGGCUCUCCGACGCCGCCCCCCACCGCCUUCCUCCCUCCCCCGCCCCACGCCGCCUUCCUCCCCCGAACCACGCUGCGAUGCUGCCGGCUCGUCCCCCUCCUCGUUCCCCACCGUCUCAAGCUUCAAUUUUUGCCACAUCGCCGGUGGUUGAUCUGCCGGCAGAAUUGCGGGCGGCGGCCUGGAGCGGCAGUACGCAAGCUCUGACUCCAUACCGAGCCAGCCGGCACACCCGCCAAGGAGCUCCGCCAGCCGCUGCCCUAGCGCCCGCGGCCGUCAAUGCGUGGUCGGGCGCCGCGUCGAUGUUGCCGCUGCUCGGCGCCGCCGUCGCCGACUCGUGGCUCGGCCGGUACCGCACCAUCGUCGCCUCCUUCGUUAUCUACAUCACGUGGCACAAAGGCGAGCUACCUUGGCGUGCAGAAGAGGCCCCCGUCCCUUGCCUUGUGCCCGGCGACCAACAACUGCGUGUCGACGUCCGAGAGGAUAAGCAAUUCCAAUCACUACGCUCCCCCAUGAAGAAGAAAGGUAAAUUUCAGCAUUCUAGCUUUCUUGCUGGGGGAGCUACAUCUGCUGCUAGGAAACUGGUUGCUCAAAAUGGGACUCUGAAGGCUAUUUGGCCUCACAGUGGCCACUAUCGCCCCACAGAGGAGAACUUCCAGGAGUUUAAAAGCUUCCUCAAUGACAACUUGGUUGAUCUCACUGAUGCACCUGAAGAAACUGGCUCUCUUCAGACAACUCAAGUCAUUCAAACAACAUCUACAGAGACAGAAAAACGUGAGGAACCAGUGGUGGCGCGCGAGAAGAUCCUUCAGAGGAGAUGGUGGUAGCAGCUGCACCCCUGUGGUAGCAUCAGCAUCUACAGAAGAACCAGUGGUAGCAUCAACAUCAACAUCAACAUCUACAGAUCGUUCAGAGGAUCAACAUCUAUAGAAGAACCUGUGGUAGCAGCUGCACCCCUGUGGCCACGAACCUUGCCGUGGAGAUGCAGGGACACCUUCCCACGCUACAGCAAGGAGGAGAGGAAGAUGGAGCCGCGGCGGAAGAUGGAGCUGCGGCGCCUGAGCCUGGCAGCGGCGGAAGAUGGAAUCGCGGCGCCUGAGCCUGGCAGCGGCGGAAGAUGGAGCCACGGCGCCUGAGCCUGGCAGAGGCAGAAGAUGGAGCCGCGGCGCCUGAUCCUGGCAGCGGCGGAGACGGAGCUCGAUGUGCUGGAGUCACCGGCGCUAUCUUGCUGCCGGAGACGGAGCUCGAGGUACUCGGAGGUGGGGAGCUCGAGGUGCUGGGUGCGGGAGCUCGAGGAGCUGACGCCGGCGACGGGGUCCUAGUGCUAGGGAUGGAGCUCGAGGUUCUGGCCGGCGGGAGAUCGAGGUUCUGGCCGGCGGACGGAGGUUCCGCGCGGUGGAUCGCGACGAGCGGACGGAGAACUGGGUACUGGAUUGUAAUGAUUUCAAAUUUCGGAAGGGCCUUAUUGUAAAAUUGAUUUGUUCACGAUUCCGCCUCCCCUGGAGUCAUCUAUUACCGAACGGAGGGAGUACUAUAAAACGUGGAACACGACCUUGACCUACACAAUCUAUCCAAAUAUCGACCGCUGAGUUGCCGCCGCCGCCGCCGCGGUCUUCCUGCUCGAUUUCUCCAAGCGUAGCAGUGCAGAUCUCGCGCGCUCUUUCUGCUGCUGGCGCUCGUCUCCAAGCUCGGCGGUCACGGCCUUCUCAUCCGAUUUGUUUUGCGUAAGAUUUGCGUGACUCACAUAUCCGAUGGCACAGCGCUCGCCGGGCCCUAUAUAUAUGAAGUAAUUUGCUUUCUGAUGGUUCUGGAUGUAUAAUACCCAGGAAUUGGAGGCGAGCGGGAUUUUGCCACAGGAUUGGAUUGAUCAAGUUUGUAGGGGAAUGCAUCGUCGGUGUCUAAAUCUGAUAAUGCACGACAUCAGGGAUAACAUGUAUUCUCUGUACCGCAUGGAUCCCCGGCACCUUUUCUACGAAACGGCAGAAAUCGUAGCAGAAGAUGCAUCAAAAGCCAAGAGGAGGAAUAACAAGCUGUCAACAAUGGAGUCCUGGAACGAUCUGCGCAAGCCGGUAGCCCAUUUCAAAGCAUCCAGUUUCUUCACCCUGCUGAGAGAAAACUCCAUCAUGGUGGCCGACUCCUAUGGCCGCACGACGCUCAUCGACACCGACUUCAACUCCGUCGUGCCGAUGCCCCCCAUGGAAAACGGCAAGGGACCCAACUGCAUCUGUUUCUCCAUCCCCAACCCGGAUCCCUUGAUAUCUUUAGAUUCCCAGUGCCUCUUUGUCCUGGACCUGGUUCCUCCUGGCAGUGGUAGCAGUAGGAAUUCCUCCACCUUUGAGUUCCUGACCCACUUGGGGAGCAUGGACGCCUCCCGGCCCCUUGUGUCUUCCCAUUUCCAUUUGAACUGGUUAUGGCGUGAUCUGCCUCUGCCACCAUUCGCAGACGACCCCGUGAGCGGUAGAGCCGCCAUGAACUGUUCUUUCAUGUUGCUUGACACUAAAACCAUGUGCAUAUCCUCCCAUGAAGACGGCAUAGGCACCUAUACCUUUCAUAUGGUUAAUCACAAGUGGUCACGGGCUGGGAGCUGGGCGCUGCCCUUCUGUGGCAAAGCGGAGUAUGUCCCCAAGCUCAAGCUUUGGUUUGCCCUCUCUCCAAGUAGCCCCCACGGCCUAUGUGCUCUGGACCUCCCUACCAACGCCAUGAAUUUUGAGUCACCGCCUGAGCUGCUGCUUGCCUGGGAUUAUCUCCACCUGCUUGACGAGGCUCCAUGCAAGCGCCACCUGGUUAACCUGGGCUCAGGUAAGUUCUGCGUCGUCUCCUUCUUCAAGACCUUGAAGACCAAAUAUGUGGAAGAAAAUAUCGAGGAUGAGUCUGCUGUGUUCACUGGCCUGGAGGUGCGCCGCUGCGACGACGGUGAAGGCGUUGUCCGGAUGAUCGAACACAGGUCUAAACGUUACACCUUUGGAAGGUUUGGCAUCCAUUGCGUCCUCUGAAUCUUUUUGGAGCUUUUCAAGACGACUGAUGCAUUUGGAAGUAUAUUUUAUAAUGCAUUGCACUAAAUUAUUACGGGAUGUAUGAGUACUUCGACGGUGUGUUUGGUACUUAUGGUGUACCUUGAGAUAAGGUGGCGUGUAAUUUCUCCGUUUCA